AUGGCAGAGCCGCAACCCACCACCAGCGGGCGGAGGAAGCGGCCCCGCCGCGCCUCCUCGCCCGACGACGACGAAUACGAGGUCGAAAAGCGGCGCGGACGCCCGCGAGUCGACAAGCAUGACGAGUCGGCGGCCGACCGGCGGCGCACGCAGAUCCGGCUGGCGCAGCGCGCCUACCGCCAGCGCAAGGAGAGCACGCUGGACGACCUGCGCAAGCGCGUCUCCGACCUCACCACCACCAUUGAGCUCAUGAACCAGUCGUUUGUCGCGUGUCGGGACCGCUUGCGCCCCUCGCUUGCUCCCGAGCAGAUGCGGCAUUUGCAGGAGCUGGCGGUGCAUUUUGAGGGCUUGGUCAAGGAUGCGCGUAAUCCGCCGGAAGACGUUAUGCCGCCUUCUUCCUCCACUACCACUACUCCGCCUCCUGCUACGUCCCACGGGGGCGCUGCUGCCGCUCGCAAGGCUCAGGAGCAGCCGCCUCCGCCCGUGAUGAUUGAAGAGCCCGAAGCGCGCUGGGAUACUGCUGCGCAACAGCAGCGCCAACAAGAGCAGACUGUUGCGUCGUGGAUCGAUCGGACGGCGUUGCGGGAUUCGUCGAGGACCAGCGCCACUCCGCCGAUGAGUGGCGUGUGGGGCUAUGAAAUGUCUGGUGCUGCGAAUGAGCCUGGGUCGGAUGAAGUUCUGUCGUUCGAUCAAUUGAUCCAAUCCAGGGACCUUGUGAAGCAGCAAAUCGACAUUUCCAUGGCAUCUCUCGAUUCUCCGCGCGAAGCAACCGAAUAUCACGGAUCGUCCCAUGUCCCGAAUGGUUUAGCGUUGCCUCGCACCUACAGUCCGGACGAGGGCACCUUUGCUCGAAGGCUGUUCCGCGCAACGUGCGAAGCCGCGUACACUCUCAUCCUGAACCCGCUACGCAAUCCUGCGCGCUUCGAGCAGGUCUUCAGCCUCUCCCUCCUCGGUCGCGAUCGCGCCAAAAUCAUCGCCCACCUCGGCGAUCGACUCGCCGGCCAGGCCACCGACGACUUGGACUACUGGCAAGCGCCCUUGAUCCACAUCGGAGGCGCAGGCACGCACUACCCCCGUCGCGACCUCAACGGCGCCCUCCUCCCCAAGAAGCCCACCCACCAUCUCGGCAUCAUCGGCCCACAGCGCCUCGCGCUCCUCGCGCACGCGCAACGCGACAGCAUCACAACCGACAUGACAGUGGAGAUAGCCGGCUUCGAAGGCGAGUGGCUCGACCCGUACGACGUGCAGGGCUACCUGGAGGAGAAGGGGGUGUUCAUGGGCCCGCGCGUCUCGUACGUCGAAAUGGAAGUCGGCGAGCGCUUCCCCGACUCCACCAGCCUGUCGACCCUGUCUUCCUCCCCGCCGUCUGUCGUCACGCCCCCGGACGCUCCGCGCUAUCGCGCCGCCGACCCUAUGAACAUGUACGACAACCCGAUGCAGUGGAGCGACUUCACCGACGCCGAUAUGGCUGCUGCAGGCUUGUCAUCUGGCAUGCAGCAAUUGGGCGGCGCUGGCAGUGGGGCAUGGAUGAACCCCAUGCAACAAGGCGGCAUUGUCAAAGGGUUUGACGCCGGUGGUGCUGCUGCACUGGGCCAGUCGGGCGUGCUGGACGUUCCUCUGCCUACGUCCAAUCCCGCCCUGCUCGAUCCGCUCGCUUCGCGCGAGUUUGCGAAGAAGAAGAUUGUUGAUGUGACGAAGUUUGUUCAAGUAUUGACCGCGAGCGCCGUUUGUCUGGGUCGGGCGCCUGGCUAUCGUCGAAAAGACGUGGAUCGCGCUCUUGCGCUUGCUGCGUUUGAGUCUUUCUAG